CACGAUGUGAGCAGUACGGUCUGCGACACGCUACCAAUGUAAAUAAAUACCUUUUAAUUUAUUCGUAUUUAAAUAAAAUGUUUGUUAAAUGUGCAGUUCUAGUCCUAGUUCUAGUGAUAAGUGUUAUUGAUGGGCAAAUGUUUGGGAAAAGAUUGCGAAGAUUUCCCAUGAGGACUGCAAUGACCUUGAAGCAACGACUGCAGAACAAAAUUUUGCAGUACAGGGAAAGAAAUACACAAACUAUUUGUUAUGAAAAAGUUGGAUGUUUUGAGCUUCCCCACAGCAGAUCCCCCCUUCAAAAAACCCCGGAAAGUCCCAAAGUCAUAGACACGAAAUUCUUUCUAUUUAGAAGGGACAUUAACUUCGCAACCCCUCAAAUUCUUUAUUACGACGACGAGGGUAAAUCUUUAAAUGGUUCGAAAUUCAACCACACGCAAAAAUUGAAACUUUUCAUACACGGAUACAUGAGCAACUGGAACGAAAAAGGUCCGGUACUUGGGUCGGAAGCUUUUUUGAAAUUGUAUGAUUGCAACAUGAUCCUGAUGGAUUGGAGCAAAGGGGCCAGGGGUCCCCAAUAUGCAACAGCUGCAGCCAAUACCGAGGUAGCUGGUAGACAAUUAGGCCUCCUUCUUAUACAAAUGGUUGAAAAGGGGUUGGAUCCUAAAAAUAUCCAUUUACUCGGGUUUUCAUUGGGGGCCCAUGUGGCGGGUACAGCUUCGGAAAUGUUGAAAUAUAAAGGGCAUCUAAUCGGAAGAAUAACAGGCCUUGAUGCAGCAAGUCCCCUAUUCCGAAGCAAUCAUUUCAGGGAAAAAUAUAAGAAGUUGGACAGGAGUGAUGCUCAUUUUGUCGACGUGAUUCAUACGGAUUCCAGUCCGUCGGUAACAGACGGUUUUGGUUUGUGGGAGCCAAUAGGACACGUUGACUUCUUUCCCAAUGGCGGACAAGAACAACCUGGGUGCAAAGACACUAAACGUUCAGUGGUUGUUUCCUCACUUGACAAGAGCUUGAACCGAGAUAUCGCCUGCAGUCACAUUAGAGCGUGGCAUCUAUACGCAGAAACGCUUUUGAACAAAAUCAAAAAUAAAACCGAUUCAUGUCAGUUUAUUUCGUACUAUUGUCCUGGUGGUUUGCCUUCGUUCGAGAAAGGACAUUGUUUUCCCCGUUUGGAGAAACGGAAUAGCUCCACAUUCCUGGAUAACACGUAUCGAAAUGAAGUUGGAGUGUUUGGGGAAGAUGUCAAAGGGGAAGGAGUUAUGUACUUUAGUACCUCCAGUGCCAGUCCUUUUUGUGGAACUCAGUUACAAGCUUCCGUUCAGUUAUCGCAAAAUAUCGGAAAGGUAAAAGGUGUUUUACAGUUAAAACUGCGGUACUCGAAAAAUGUUGCACUAUUCCACAUCCAUUGCGACGUUUCUGAUGUAAUAAUGACGGGGUCGCGGAUGAAUGGAUUAGCAGUUGCUCCCCACAACAGCUUGAACGAAAAAGUUGAAAAUAUCAAUGCUUCCUUAAUUUAUUACACCACUUUUGAUAAUGCGAACAAUAAUUCCAUUACAAAGCCGUUGUACGUCGACAGAAUAGUGGUUACUGAUAUGUACGAAAACAGCUGGCGGUACUGUGGCAAAAAUACCGUUAUAAGUGAAAACAAAGUUCAAUUGACACUCUCAAGAACACUGUGUUAAUCAACGUAUGAUUAAUACUAGGCAACAAUUUUACUUGUGUAUUUUAGGAACGAUUUUAA